GGAGGAGGAGGAAGAAGAGGGGGCGGCGGGGCCGCGCCCGGUGCAUGGCGGUGGCGGCGAGCAUGGGGCCGGAACGGGUCUGUCCCGGCGAGCCGGGGCCGCCGGAGGCCCCCGAGGGCGCUGCGGGUUGGAGCGGCGACGAGGAGGAAGAGGAGGAGGAGGAGGAGGAAGAGGAGGAGGAGGAGGAGGGGGAGGAAGGCGGCGGGUACCUGUACCAGCCGCUGAGCCAGGAACCGGAGCAGGGCCCCGGCGAGGCGGCGGGCCCCGGGCUGCAGGAGCGGCUGCAGAUGCUGGGGCUGCACCUGCCCGAGCCGCCCGUGGACAGCGAGGAGGAGGAGGAGGAGGAAGGCGCGGCGGCUCAGAGCAGCCGCAGCUCCAUCCCCAUGGACCCAGAGCACGUGGAGCUGGUGAAGAGGACGAUGGCCGGCGUGAAGCUCCCCACCCUGGGCAUCCCGCCCUGGGCCAGCGAGAUCUCCGACGACCAGUGGAAGGACGUGGUGCGGCGCACGCUGCAGGCCAGGCAGAGCCUGAGCGGCCCCAGGCCCGAGUGGAAGUGACGCCCAGACCCCCGCCCGCCCCUCGGUCACCCAAUUUGGGGCCGGGGCUCACCGGUGUCGCUGUUCCAGUUUCUCCCGUUGACGUUGUCCACCUUCCCUUCCUCACCUCUUUCCCGGUUCUGGCUGCCACGUAAGUUGCUGUGAUGUCCUUGUGUUGACUUGCUCUGCCCUGGAGGAGGCAGCCCACAUUCCUGACCCUGCGUACGUGUGGAGGGAGGGGUUUUGAGCGGCUUCACCCAGCUUGGCUUGGGACAAACACCUCGUCCCAGCGCUGGAGAAGUCCCUCUCCCCGCAGGGGUGCCUCCUCCGAGGGCACGCGGCUGCAUGUUGGCGUAUCAGAGGUCGAGUCCAGUGUGUCUUUCCAAGAGAUCAGUUUUAUUUAGUACUGUACAUACAGGGACAUCUGUACAAAAUCCAACACUUUCAUACUAUGUAAUGCUCUACUGAAAAUAAAGUACACCAUAUGUACAUAUGAA